AUGUCCAUUAUCUAUCUAUCUAUCUAUCUAUCUAUCUAUCUAUCUAUCUAUCUAUCUAUCUAUCUCACUCACUUUGUUUAUUAUCUAUCUAUCUAUCUAUCUAUCUAUCUAUCUAUCUAUCUAUCUAUCUAUCUAUCUAUCUCGUGUUGUUCUUUCUUUCUUUCUUUUUCUUUCUUUCUUUAUUUCCGUCUCCCUUUCAUUCCCGUCUGUCUGUCUGUUUGUUUGUUUGUUUCUUUCAUUCUUUCAUUCUUUCUUUCUUUCUUUCUUUCUUUCUUUCUUUCUUUCUUUCUUUCUUUAUUUCUCAUGUCUUUAGUUUUUCCUGCCUAUUUCUUCCAUGAAAUUCUUUCUUUCUUUUUUUCCUUGUUUCUUUCUUUUACCGUUUUUUUAUUUUUUUGUUCGUGCCUUCUUUCAUUCUUUCUUUCUUUAUUUUCUUUCUUUCUUUUUUUCUUUCUUUUGGUUCAAUUUUUUUUAUUCUCUGGUUGUUCUUUCUUUCUUCCUUUCUUUCUCUCUUCUUUCUUCUUUUUCAUUUUUAUUUCUUCUUUGGUUCUUCUUUCUUUAUUUCUUUUACCUCAUAUUUUAUUUUUUGUCGUUCCUUCUUUCUUUCAUUAUUCUUUCUUUAUUCUCAACUUUCUUUUUUUUUACGUUCUUGUUUCUUCUUUGGUUUGUUCUUUCUUUAUUCCUUCCUUCCUCUUCUUCUUUCCUUCCCUUCUUCCUUCCUUCCUUCCUCUUCUUCCUUCCUUCCUUCCUUCCUCUUCUUCCUUCCUUCCUUCCUUCCUUUUCUUCUUUCCUUCCUUCCUUCCUCUUCUUCCUUACUUCCUUCCUUCCUCUUCUUCUUUCCUUCCUUCCUUCCUUCCUUCCUUCCUUCCUUCCUUCCUUCCUUCCUUCUUCCUUCCUUCCUAUUCUUCCUUACUUCCUUCCUCUUCUUCCUUCCUUCCUUCUUCCUCCUUCCUUCCUUCCUUCCUUCCUCUUCUUCCUCCUUCCUUCCUUCCUUCCUCUUCUUCUUUCUUUCCUUCCUUCCUUCCUUCCUUCCUUCCUUCCUUCCUUCCUUCCUCUUCUUCCUUCCUUCCUUCCUUCCUUCCUUCCUUCCUUCCUUCCUUUCUUUCUUUCUUUUACAUUUUUUUUAUUCUUUGCGCAUUAGUAGAGGUACCUACAGACAAAUGGGAAAAUAUCUAUCUAUCUAUCUAUCUAUCUAUCUAUCUAUCUAUCUAUCUAUCCUAUCUGAUUCUAUCUAUCUAUCUAUCUCAGUCUGAAUCUAUCUAUCUAUCUAUCUAUCUAUCUAUCUAUCUAUCUAUCUAUCUAUCUAUCUAUCCCAGUCUGAUCCUAUCUAUCUAUCUAUCUAUCUAUCUAUCUAUCUAUCUAUCUAUCUAUCUAUCUAAAAAAAACAAAACGAAAUGGUGGAGAAAGACGGCCUGA